AUGCAACACCAGCGGAGCGACUCACCGGCAUUGUCACCACAUAAAGCCUCUCCUUUGAACCAACCAAAACGUGGCACUAAAAGUAGACAAGAGUAUUUCAAGUCGGAAACUAGCUCGACCGUGGACAGUGCCACAUUGCUCCCCUUGCGCCGUCGUUACCCUGCGACCGAAUGCUGCCUUCUUGCACUAACACCACACCUCAGCAUCGUCUGA